UAAAAUGUCACGAUUGUCCAAACGUGUUCAAACGGAACACCGUAGAAAGUCGAAAAGCAAUAUAUAGUAUCGUGUUGCAGGCAGAGUUUUUGACCUUUCGGCUUUCAAAUGCUUAAGUUCGAAGCCAUGAAAAAUCAUGGCGAUUACAACGCAUUUCAUAUGUGGUGAGUUUUUACCCUUCGAUCGAUUGCCUCUUCCCCCUUGUUGGUCAUACGAAAACCAUAAAUUAGAGAAGUCGACCACCAUAGUCCUAAUUUGCUGUUUAAUAUUCACGCUAGUGUAGAUCUCUUAUCUCAAUGUUUAAUAGAUUAUGUAAAUUCACAAUUGAGUUAUUUUAGUAGUAGUAUUUAGAUGUGCGUCAAUAAAAAUGCGACUAGUGCAGUUUUUACAAGAUGGAGAACAAUUUCUUGGAUUGGAACUUAAAAAGUCAGGGGAUAUUAUCAAUUUAAACGCAGCAGAUGCAUCGAUACCACGUGAUAUGAGGAUAUUUAUAGAAGGUGGUGCAGACGUUUUAGAACGGGCACUAAGUGCUUCAAACAGAACAGACUGCUUGGUAAUGAGGGAUAGGAUAAGGUUGCUUGCCCCAAUUACUUCUUGUGAGAAGGUCUUGUGUAUUGGCAUGAACUAUAGAGACCAUUGUAAGGAGCUAAAUUUUCCUAUUCCAAGAGAACCUGUGGUGUUCAACAAGUUCCCAAGCUGUGUAAUUGGGCCAGAAGAUUCUUUGAAAUACCCUGGAUACACAGAG